UCGUUUGAGCGAGCACCACGACUGCAUUUAGGGUCAGCUGUUUUGUUUGCGGUGAGAUUUCUAGGAUUUCUUGAUCGAUCCAUAGCGGCGGUGCGUAGAAUCUCCCACAUUUCCCAGAUUUUGAUCUAGUGCGAUGGAGUCGGGCAAGAAUCAGCAGCAGGAGCAGCGCGCGAGCCCCGCCGAGGAGGCGCGCGCGAGCGCCGAGCGCGCCAUGGAGAAGAGGGAGCACGGGGCGACGGCGACGCAGACGGCGGGGCAGUCGAUCAGCGAGGCGCUAUCGCAUUACCGCGAGGCCGUACAGGAAUCCGCCUACUCGGCCUUCAAAUCGGCGCAGGACACGGUGGAGCGAGCCAAGGAUGUCACGGCUGAGAAGGCUGGCCAGGUAAAGGAUUCUGCCUAUGAUUCGGCUGUCCGAGCGAAGGAUACCGCGGCUGAGAAGGCUGGCCAGGCGAAGGAUACCACUUAUGAUACGGCUGCUCGAGCGAAAGAUACUACUCUCGAGAAGGCUGGGCAGACGAAGGAUUCGGUUUAUGAUAGCAGCGUUCGAGCCAAGGAUGUCGCUGCUGAGAAGGCUGCCCAGGCGAAAGAUUCCACCUAUGAUACGGCUGCUCGAGCCAAGGAUGUUGCUGCCGAGAAGGCUGGCCAGGCGAAAGAUACCACAUAUGAUUCGGCUGCCCGAGCAAAGGAUGUCACUGCCGAGAAGGCUGGCCAGGCGAAAGAUACCACAUAUGAUUCGGCUGCCCGAGCAAAGGAUGUCACUGCCGAGAAGGCUGGCCAGGCGAAAGAUUCCACCUAUGAUUCGGCUGCUCGAGCAAAGGAUGUCACUGCCGAGAAGGCUGCCCGUGCUCAAGACGCGACGAAGGAUACGGUUGGCCAGAGCGCAGAUAGUGCGAAAGGCACUACUCAACAAAGUACCGAUCGAGCUAGUGAGACUGCUGGAGGAGCCAAGGAAGGCUUGUUUGGAGCGAUUGGAAACAUCACCCAGGCUUUCUCCGAGAAGUUGGGGCUUGCGUCCGAGAAAACCAAGGAGACCGCCGAGUCUGCUAAGGAGUCGGCUGAGUCGACUGUGGAAGCCGCGAAACAGAAGGGGGAGGAGCUCAAGCAGCGAACUGGGGAGAGCACCGAGGAUUUCAAGAGGCGGACGGGCAUGACUGUUGAAGAAGCAAAGGAGAAGACGGGGUCUCGGACCGAGGAGCUCAAGCAGCGAGCCGGCGAGAGCGUCGAGGAAUUCAAGAAAAGAACGGGCAUGACGGGGGAAGCUGGAUCUGGGGAGAGGUCCGAGAGCUUGAGCCAGCGCGCCGGAGAGAGCGCCGAGGCAUUCAAGGAGCGCACUGGAAUCAGCGCGGAGGAGGCGAGGAGCAAAGCCGAGGAGCACAAAGAGGCGAUGAAGGCCAAAGCGGGAGAGGCCGGAGAGCACGGCAAGGGACUGCUCGAGUCGGUGGGCGAGGCUGUGAGUCACGCGGCCUUCUCGCUCAAGGGCGCCGUUGUGGGUGGCGGCGGGAAAGCGGUCGAGAAGACCUCCGAAGAGGCCGAUAGUGCCAACCGAGGAAAAAUGUGAAGAAUUGAGUGUGCCUAGGUAAUUAAUAAGCUAAAGCUUUUGUCGAUGAUCUCAUUACGUCAACAAAUUAUUGAAUGUAAUGGGAUUAGUAGAUUCGCAACUUACGAAUCCGACCUUUUACAUGCAUAUUUAGAUUACUAA